CGAUGGAGCCGGGCUUCCUUUUUUAAGAAUCAGUGUGAUGGAAGAAAGCAGAACCGCGUUAUUUUAGGGAGGCCUUAUCACACUCCCCCUCCCGCGUGUAGGUAGCGUCUGGGGUGUGUGCGCCCCGCUCGCGGGCCCAAUGGAGAGGCGCUGGCGGCGGCUGUGGCGGAAGCUGGGGCUCCGAUCGCUGGUGCAGCCAGCGGUAACCCGACUCCGGCGACACGGGGACUGAAGAGGCGCAAAGGAGAGCGGCGAGCUGCGAACAAAAGCCCUUGGCGCGGGGCCGGAGCCCGCGACUUGCAACUCCUCAAAAGGGCGGAGGCCCAGCCAUGGUGGACCCAGUGCCUGAAGAAGAGAAGGCGGGAGCCGAGCCUGUCGGCUCCGAAGGAGACGAGGCUGCCGCGUCCGUGCCCCCUGAGACCCAAGGUGCCCAGCAGCCGGCGACCGCCUUGGCCUCGGCUUCGGCGGCUGUGCCCCGCAAGGCAGAAGUUCCGUGUGCGGCAGGAGACGGCGGAAGGCGGGAGCAAUCCCCUCUGCUGCACCUCGACCUCUUUAACUUCGACUGUCCGGAGGCCGAGGGCAGCCGCUACGUGCUGACCAGCCCUCGCUCGCUAGAGGCUUGCGCCCGCUGCGCCAUCAAACCGGUGGAGCUGCUAUCGCGUCCACUGGCGGACCUGGUGCGCGAGGCCCCGGGCCGCUCCAUGCGGGUGGCCACUGGUCUGUACGAGGCGUACGAGGCGGAGCGGCGUGCCAAGCUGCAGCAAUGCCGGGACGAGCGCGAGCGGAUCGUGCGGGAGGAGAAGCGUCGCCUCUUCACGCCGCUGGGCCCCGCGGCCGUCGCGGCCUCCGCGGCCUCGGCGCCGAGCGCAGGCAGCAGCAGCAGCUGCAGCAGCGCUAGCCUCCCGGCCUCACCUGGACCGCGUGCGGCCCGCAAAGCUUCUUCCAGCCCUUCCCCAGCCCAGCACCAACCUCCGCCCGCGGGCUCCCGGACAGGUAGGAAGAGUCACUCUCUAGACUCGCUAUCCCGCCGGCGCGAGGGCGCCCUCAGCUCCGAGUCCGGCGCGUCGUCGUCGUCCUACAGCGGAGAGAGCCUGCGAGAGCUACGCUGGCCUCCCCGGGCCUCGGCCAGAAACAGUUGCCCCGCGGGGUCGGCGUCCUCUGCCUCCAACCCUUUGGGCCGUCCAUCUGCCCUGGCCCUGGUUCCGCUCACGGGCCGCAGCUUCAGUCUCGGCGACCUAAGCCACUCGCCGCAAACCGCCCAGCACGUGGAGCGGAUCGUGCGUCAAGUGCGCACCGAGCAGGGCCUGCGAGGAGUGCCGGAGCGCGACCGGAAGAUAGCGGCGCUGAUGCUGGCGCGGCACCAGGAGGAGCGUCUGUUGCUGGAGCAGCGUGCUGCGGCCCACGGUCAGUGGGAGCAGCAGCGCGUGAGCGCCGAGCAGCGCCGCGAGCGCGAGGAGCGCGAGAAGCAGCGCGCCUUGGAGCAGGGCCGUCGGGCCUGGGCCGCGCAGGUGGAGGAGCGGCGCGGCCGCCGGGGCCGAGAGGAGCGCCAGGCGGCGCGGCGGCGGCAGCGGCAGUGCGAGCGCAGCGAGGAGAGGAGGCGCGACCUGGCCGAGCGUCAGGGCUUGCUGCGGCGGGAGCGGGCGGAGCGCGCGGCCACGGAGGACCGGCUGCGCAAGCUGCAGCAGGAGCAGAACCUGAAGCAGCGGGAAGAAGUCCUGCAGGAAGGGCGCGAGCGGGCGGAGCAGGUCCGCAGGGAGCGCGCCCAGCGCGCGGCUCGCGCCAAGCAGCAGCAGGAGGGCCAGCUGCAGCGGGAGAAGCGAGAACUGAGCCGGGCGGAGCGGGCUCGCCACGAGGCUCUGCUGCAGGGCCGCGCCCGGCAGGAGCGCGAAGAACAGGAGGGUCUGCGGAGCUCCCUGGAGGCCAGCUUGGGCCGUGCGCAGGAGAACUACGAGCAGUUGUUGGAGCAGCGCACCCGGGACCUGCGGGAGCGUGCCCGGCGGGAGGAGCUGCAGGGCCGGCGGGCCAAGGAGGCGGCGGAGCGCAAAGGGCGGGAGCAUCAGGCGCACCUGGAGGCCCUGGCCCGGGCCGGGGAGCGGCGGCUGCAGCACGCGGCGCAGGUGGCCGAGGAAGCGGUGCAGCAGAAGGCGCGGCGCGUAGGCCAGAGCCGGAUGGAGAAGGAGCGGACCCAGCGCGCCAACAAGGAGAAGGUGGAGAGGGACGAAGCCUGCCGCCGGCGGGAGCUGCUCCAGGCCAUCGGGCGCAAACUGGAGCGCAGCGAGCAACUGUCUCGGGAGCGGCGCAGCGCGCUGGAGACCUCUCGCUCCACCGCCCGGGCCUCCUUCCACGUUCGCGAGAAGGUGCGCGAGGAGACCAACACCCGCUCCUUUGACCGGAUGGUGCGGGACGCUCAGUUACAUGCUAACCUGGACCGCAAAUGACCAUGGCUCUGUGCCGAGUUGACUGCCUCGCACAGCCCGGAGAGGCCUCCCUGGUCCCUUUUGACCAAACCGUAGAGUAAUCUAGUCAGGGCGCAUUAUCGUGGCCUCUCUAGGCUUCUGACCAAUGAGACAAUGAACGGAUGCCCCUUUGUUUUUAAAAACUUACUUCGUUUGCCGAUGACAGCACAAUCCUUGAUCACAUCCACGCUUGGUGGCUCCCGCUCUGGCCGUUGCAGAGCGUCCUUGUGUGUCUUUUGGUUUGAAGCAGAGAGGUGCCAAGGAGAAAGCGUUCAGUUCAGGACUUGGGGAGAGGGGACCCCUAGGAGUGAGGAAGCACCGAGGUGAUUGUCCCCACCCAUCUGCUGCAGUCAUCCCAAGCUCUUUUCAGAUAUUGGUGUCUGAAAGGACUUCUUUUUCUGCAGCUAAGAUGGCAUCUCCCUGACUCACCUCCAUUUUGACAACUUGGCAAGUUGCACAAAGCUCAGAGGCCUCCCAGAAAAGCACAUCUCUUCCAAGGUGUCAGGCCACACUCAAAUGACCCAAAAAGCUGUUGAUUUUUGUAUGCUUGACUUUUAAUUGGCCACCUGAGCAAAUUCUCUUAGUUCUGAUAGUUUUUCAGUUGAUUCCCCUAGGUUCCUAGUUAGACAAUCAUCUGCAAAUAAUGAUCAAUUUGUAUCUCUUUCUCUCUCUCUCCUGUUCUCCCAAGUGGCACAAGAAGUGGGUUGGAUUGCUGGUGCUGUUUAGCUUUAAUGGAAGCCCCCAGCUCCUGGGGAGGCAGGGUCCCUUAAGCCACAGUGUUCUACCCACGUUAAGCUUCCUCACAGGUUGUUUGGGGGAGGUAUGUCUGAUGCCCCCCACCCAGUGUGGGGCCCGGAGUUGCUGCACUACUCCCAGGCAGACAGCAGCUGUGCCUUAAGGAGCAGAGCUACCUUACAUUUCUGCCCAGGCCAUCCCUGCCUAAAACUCCAGCCCUGGCAGCAGUCCCCCAAGCGUGGGCCCCAGAGAGUUUGGGGUGUAGGAUUUCCUCUGUGAAGGAACCAUCACAACUGUUCUGAGGGCAAUUGGGGUGUCCCUCCUUGGCUGCUUCACUGUGGUGGCUGGAGAGCUGGAAUUGCCUCUUAGCUGUUGAGAGCCUUGCUGCUAUGGUUAGCUGGGGAUCUUCCUCUCUUGCCCUCCCAUGAGGAAAGAGAGAGUCUGCCCUUCAGUUCCUCCUUCCUUCUCACCUGUAACUGAAAGUACUUAAUCAGUCUUUUGGUUCCUCACCUUCCCCAUCCACCCAGUGGGGCCAUCAGUUCUCCUCUUCUGGUACCUCAAGGUCUCCCGAAUCCAAAGUGCCAUCGGUAUUAUUUGUUGGUCUUCUUUGUGCCUUUCUUGACCUGGAGUUGGCAGGCAGGAGGGUUUUUGUUAGCCUAGUUUUUUUCUGAGAAUGAAUCGCUGACAUUGGAAUGGGCACUGCAUCAUGGACAGACGGCCGUUUACCUUCUGGGUGAAAGUACUUGCAAGACCAGGUCACUCCCUCGUCCAUAAGGUCACGGUCAGCCGUCAUCAGACAACUUUAACCCUUAGAGUGCUUCCCUUCCAUGAAGCCAAAAUCCACCCCCAACUCCACCCAAUUAUUGACUCUGCCUUCAUCAGGGGAGGUGGGAAGUAAAGCAAAGCAUCACUUUUUACAUUAAAAUAGGAAUGUAAAUUAAAAGUUACCAAAAAGAAAAAAGAAGAAACAGGGUAGAGAGCUAGUACAUUAGACGCAUUUCAUAUGUAUUCUGUGGGCAGAAUUGUCCCUUAAAUGGCUGAUUAUUCUGCAUAAUCACACACACAUUAUCUCCACCUACCGCCGCCACCCCACCC